AGGAGUAGCCAGCAAUAACAAUCGAAAAUCGUUUUAGUUGCCUUUAAAUAGUGAAAGCAAAAUGUUUUGGGGUCUGAGCAGUGCUUUGGAUCUGUACGAGGAGUACUUGAAGGCCUUUAAGCUCAAGGAUGAGCCGGAUGCCGAGGCAGCAGAGCAACAGCCCAAGGCUCUCAAUAUACUCAUCUGUGGUGGCGCCGAUCCCAGGCAUGUCAUCAAAACGCUGGCCAAACGAUAUACCCAUGUGGGCAAGCCAAAGUUGAAGAUCUAUUUGCUGGAUGCCUGCGUGGAGAUUAUAGCCAGGAACAUGUUGCUAUUGGGCCUGGCUCUGGAGCCAGCCGAGUCGUUCAGCCUGGUGUGCAAGACGCACCUCUUCAUGGACAUCUAUGGCAAUUCGCUGCUGCGUCCCAGCUCACACCACUAUGUGGCCGCCAAGGCGCGCACCUUGCUCAACAUGAUCUGCGAUGAGGAGCAGCUGCAGCGCCUCGCUCCAAUGCUCAAUAUCGAGGCACUCAAGUACAAGGAGCGCGAUGGCCUCGAAAUGGCCUUCAGCUACUGGCAGCCGCAGCAGCAGGUCUACGAUAUACAACGCUACUGGGAGCAGCGAGUGCGCGCCCUGCUGGGGCCGCGCUACGAUCAUCGUGAGGGCGCCUUCGACUGGGAUCUGAGCAUGACGCUGAAGAGUCGCGAGGCGCAGCAGAUAUGCUCGCAGGAGUAUCGCUAUUGGCGGGAAUCGGGCGUGGCUUUCGUCUUUCCCGAGUACGAGCACUGCAAGCCGAACAAGACACUGGCUGCGGGACUCGUGCGCAAUGGCCGCAACUUUCUGCAUCGCGGCUACGUGGGUGACAUACAGACGGGUCCGUUUUGCGGCUUUGGACUGCGCAGCUCGGAGGAGCGGCUGCAUAACUCGGUGCACGGCGACAACGACUAUCGAGCCACAGACAUAACCGAGCGUAAUCUACUCGAAUUCUUUCACGAGCUGCAAACGCAAACAGUUUACGAGCACGACAAAGACAUCUCGAGGCGCUACGGCUCAACGAAGCUGCUGAUGACGCCGCUGCUCACCCACAACGAAUGCGACGCCAACGAGAGCCAGCUGAGAUAUGACAAGCCCUGGCUGCCAGUGCCCGAUGUCGAAGUGCACUUCAUCUCGCCCAUGGAGAUAAGGGAGCUGCAGAGUGGCGCACCGCGUUGGCAGAACCACUUCGAUGUCGCCUUCUUUGCCUACAACUAUUACACUUUCCUGAGCAAAGAGUUCUUUGGGGCACUGCGUGAACAAUCGCUGUUUGUGCUCGAAACGAAACUGUUGACUGUCGAGCGCAGCGAGCACAUCAAAAAGUUCGAGGCGACGGCUAAGGAGCUGUUGAAGUCGGCGGGUCUGCGACCUUGCAUCAACUAUCAGGCCAUCAAUGCCAAAAAUAUGCAAUUGAGAUAUAAGAAGACGCCAGGCGGAGCUGGCGACGAUGUGGACGAGUUUCCAGAGGAGCCAGAGGAAGUCAAGGAGAAGGACAUUGAUGAAAUGGGAGAUUAUGAGACUAGAAAGCAAAUAGAAGAGAUACAAGACAAACAGACAAUGCAAUCAAAUGAAAAGGAAAUGCUGGAGAUAAACCAAGAUGAACCACAAAGAAAGGGUUUAAUAAUAGAAGAAAUAAUAGAUAAAAUUCAAGAGGUACCUAGAAAGGAAAUGAAAGGGACAACAAUUGAGCUAACCAAAGACAAUUUAAUGAUAGGCAAUGCAAAGAAAAUUGAUCAGAUAAAGUACAAGACUGAAAAGCUGGAGGAAAUCCAAGACGGAACACAAAGACAGGCCUUAAUAAUAGAAGAAAUAACAGAUAAAAUUAAAGAGAUUCCCAAAAAGGUAGCAAAUGAAAAAGAGGCGGCAAUACAAGAGAUUAAAAAAGGACAGCAAAUUGAGCUAAUUAUAGACGAUUCCCUGAAAGAAGAAUAUGAGACUGAGAAACUUGAUGUGCAAUAUAGAGUAAAGGAAGAGGGACUAUUGAUUCGCGAAAUAACAAAUGAGGCUGCGAAACUAACAGUUCAAGAUAAAGACGAACAGGAACCAAAGGAGCUCGACUCGUCCCAACAGUCGGAUGGUAGUGAAAUGGAAUUCCAUGACGCUCUAUCAGAGGAGCCACUCGAUGAUUAAUUAUAUUUGGAUUUCAGCUACCUCAUUUAAUAAAUUGUUCAAUA